AUGUGCCGCCUACCCUACGUCGCGUCGAUCGUCUUCGCGUUCUCGUCGGUGUCGCUGACGUCGACGUCCGAUACAGCGGGCAGCGGCGUGGAAAUCAAUGUCACCGCCUGCACCCGGCUAACCGUAAUCAUAAGCCCGGACAACUAUAUGCAGUGUCUGCAAUACUACGGGCGGUGUCUGGAACUCGGUGCCGAAAUACCGUACGACCAUCGGUACUACGACGCGGUUCGCCGGAACGUGGCCGAAUCGCGUCGCGGGUUUUCGGCCCGCCGGGACGUGCUGCCCGCCGUCCACCGGGUGGUGUACGACAGGUCCAAUCUCUACUUGCAGCGCAUCGGCCGGGUGGUGUACGAGCACGAGACGUGUGCCAAGACCGUCCACCGAGAGCUAACCCGCGAACGAGCGAACACUCCGACACCCGAGGACAGGUUUUAUUUCAGCCCGUGGUUAGACGUGUGCCCCGUUUUGUGUUUACUGUGGUAA